AUGCGAGAAGACGCGAGAUGGGGAGGAGGCCUAGAUCGCCCCGCACAAGCUCCAGUCCGGUUUUUGCCUCCGACUGCUUGCUCCGUCCCCACCCGCUGUCCCUCGCCCCGCCCCGCCCCGCCCCCCACCUUGGGGCAGGUGAGCCGCGGCCAAUGGGCGGGCUCGGGGCAGGUGCCCGCUAACUCUCGCCUCGCAUCGCGGUGGCCGAGCCAGGGCUGGACAGUGCUGGGAGGACCGGGGGCGGGGGUCGGUCCUGGCUGGACUCGGGAGGGAGGGGGCCGGGCUCAGCCCCCAGGCCGUAGAGGCAGCUCGCAGCAUCGCACGGAGCCCGCGCCAGUGCCGGCGCCGGGAGCUGCCCGCUCGGCCGCAGAGGCCGGCGAGCCUAGCUGCGCGCCGUGGCCCGACUCUCCGUUCACUGGCUCGCACACCCCUCGCCGCUCCGCGCCUGGCUCGUGGGCAGGGGCUGAGCGCGGGCGGGCGGGCGGGGGAGGUGAGGGGUGCUGGUGUGUGUGCAUGUGCCUGGCUGGGUGCACACCCCGCACGGCGGCGGCGCCAGGACGCGGAGCGCUCCCCAGCGCCCGGCUGCCUCGCUCGGCUCUGGCGGCCGCGACCAUGUUCCAGCCCACAGCCAAGCGCGGCUUUACCAUCGAGUCUUUGGUGGCCAAGGACGGCGGCACCGGCGGGGGCACUGGCGGAGGGGGUGCAGGCUCCCAUCCCCUGGCGGCGGCCGCCUCGGAGGAGCCGCUCCGGCCCACGGCGCUCAAUUACCCUCACCACGGCGCGGCCGAAGCGGCCUUCGUGAGCGGCUUCCCCGCCGCCGCGGGCGCCGGCCGCUCGCUCUACGGCGGUCCCGAGCUCGUGUUCCCCGAGGCCAUGAACCACCCUGCGCUGACCGUGCACCCGGCGCACCAGCUGGGCGCCUCCCCGCUGCAGCCCCCGCACUCCUUCUUCGGCGCCCAGCACCGGGACCCUCUGCACUUCUAUCCCUGGGUGCUGCGAAACCGCUUCUUCGGCCACCGCUUUCAGGCGAGCGACGUGCCCCAGGACGGGCUGCUUCUGCACGGCCCCUUCGCGCGCAAGCCCAAGCGGAUCCGCACGGCCUUCUCGCCCUCGCAGCUUCUGCGACUGGAGCGUGCCUUCGAGAAGAACCACUACGUGGUGGGCGCCGAGCGGAAGCAGCUGGCCGGCAGCCUCAGCCUCUCCGAGACGCAGGUGAAGGUGUGGUUCCAGAACCGGAGGACAAAGUACAAGCGGCAGAAGCUGGAGGAAGAGGGGCCCGAGUCGGAGCAGAAGAAGAAGGGCUCCCACCACAUCAACCGGUGGCGCAUCGCCACGAAGCAGGCCAACGGGGAGGACAUCGACGUCACCUCCAAUGACUAG